AUGGUAACUAACCUGGUGAAGGCUGCCGUGGCUCUUCUGUUCAUAGCCAUUGUCACAUAUACCAGAAAUCGUUGCAGAGGUCACAAGCGAGAACAAAGUGCAGUAAGCAAAACGAAUCACGAUGCCACGCAAGAAACGCAAGCACACAGGCCUAUGCCUGAGCAGCUCUAUAGAGACAUGUACUUCAAGCUGCACAAUAUCGAGGAAUACCCAGAUAUCAUCAAGCAGGGCCGCAACGUCCUACAGGCUUGUAUUUCAGAAGCGCUACAGGUAGCGCACAAAUACAAUCACCCCAUCUUACGGGUUGCGGAAUUUUCAGCCGCGGAGGUGUACCAGUUCCUACAAGCGGAGCAGGAUGCUGUGAUCAUGCAAUGGCGAGAUUAUCUGCAGAGAAGGGCCAGCGGCCAGGGGCGGGAAAUGUUCUUGUCCGCCGAUGAAGCGAGACAGUGGCUCAUCCGGAGGGCCCCCAUGAAGUUUGUUGACGGCGCAUGGCUGGGAUAUAUCCAUCGAACAACCAGUCCGUAUGCAAUGCGCUCCAUAACAAAGGAUCUAUGGCAGAUCCUCUCAGAGGAGAUUGGGGAUGGUGAUUUACGGAAAAGUCAUGUCCAUGUCUUUAGACAGCUGCUGCGAGACCUGGAUUAUGACCCUGGCCACGCUGACUCGCGGGAGUUUUCCAACAACAGUGAUAUGGAUGACCCUCACAUAUGGAAAGCAUCCAUCCUGCAGCUACUCAUCUCUUUGUCUCCCGCUGAAUUCUUUCCUGAGAUUCUGGGGUAUAAUAUGCACUUUGAGAUGCUUACCCUGGACACCCUUAUAGUCGCUAAAGAGCUGCGCGAAUUGAAUAUCGACCCAACCUAUUUUACUCUCCACAUUACCAUUGACAAUGCGCACUCAGGCCAUACAGCUAUAGCCAGCACUGCCGUGAUCAAGUAUAUGACAGCCAUUAAAAUGGAACAUGGCGAUGCUGUUGCCAAACGAAUGUGGAACCGGGUCCAAGCAGGAUAUGCCCUCUCCAGCUGUUCAACACCCGGAGUGAAGGGCCUUCCCAGAUCUUGGUAUAGUUCCCUCGCAGCAGAGAUAUUGGACAUUUUCAAGGCCAAAACUAGAGCAGCGGACGGGCUUCAUGACACCUGUCCUGUGCGGAUAGGAACCAAAUCGUUGGGCGAAUGGAUGAACCCGCAGACCUUUGAAUCAGAGAAGUCUCAAAGCGAGUUCCUCAUCAGCCUGAGUAACUCUCGGCCGUGGGUUUACAAAGGAGACAGUAACCGCAGCCGCAUCAUCCAUUCAAUGCUCUGGGAAGGUCGAAUGUUUGGGGCUUUCACAGAGUAUGAGGUUGCCAGGGUCAGGUGUUGGAUUGACAGCCUGUGUAAAGAAAGCAAAGAGCAGGAUUUCAUCCAUAAUGAUCAUUUCUCUGAGCAGUCGUCCCCCUUGCACGGCAAUGCCGUCCUCCUGGAUACUAGGAUCUCAAGUUUACCAAACAAAAUCCGCAACCUUGGACACGUGCGGGCGCCAGAUAUUCCUAACACCCGAGAGGCAAGCCCACUCACGCUGACUAUUCCAAGGGAUGCAACCGUGAAGUUAGAACGGUUAAUCCCGUUGUGGAUGACACACCCUUGCCUGCUCGAAUCGUGGGUCUCGGUGCCGUGGAGAAUCGGCAGCUCUGAAGGCUGCGCCUCCGUGCGUCUUCUUCGCGCUCAACACGGAUUCACACCGGAGCGCUCUGUAGUCGAUGGCAUGGACGAAGUUCGACGAGAGGACCCACAAGGACUGGUAGAAAUUGGACUGGAUAUCAUCAACCAGAGCGGAUCCAGGGCCCCACAGGAUCUCGAUGAGGUGCUCCGCUGGUGGCCCUCAUCAUUUGCAUAUACUCUAGCAUCACUCGCCAUGCAGCCAAGAAAGUAUACCUGGUGUCUUUUCGGUAUGACGCAGGCCUUUGUCCAUCUCCACAAAUAUCUGAGCGUCCAUGGUAGCGUCAUGUCCGCAAAGAGUCAAGCUAUCUUGGUGGAAAUCAGUGCCCGGGAACAGAUCAUCUUGGACUCACUUCGGGAUGGGCAAGUUGAGAAUGGACCUGAGGUCCGGGAAUUACACGCUGGAUAUGCGAUGGCCAAGACUGAAGUGGAGGCCUGCUUCAACCAAGAUUGA